UUGAAAUUUUUAAUGAGAAAUUUGGCACUGUUGUUUCGAUCCAAGCUGAUCAAUAUCAACCGGAAUUGAUGAGGUACCUACACGUACGCAGCUUUCUAAUCGUGCAUCAGUCAGUCUUGAUCGGUGGUCAUUUUUGACAAAUUUCAUGAUUGAAAAUACUUGUUUCGCAAACAUAUGUACGUACUUCCGAACAGAGACAUAAUUUGCUUUGCAUUUUUCGUCAAAAGCGCAAAUUUCUCGGGGUUCACAUACGGUUUAUAAAAAUUUUUGAUGUUUACUGAGAAAAAUACAUUUUUUAAGUCAGUAUUAUUCUGCAUGUCAAUCCCGUCCAUUUGAAAAUCUUCGAGAACUGUAUCCACGUCGAUAUUAGAUGGUGAACAAAACAUUUUCGAUUCAAAGUCGAUAAAAUAAAUUCAAAUUUUAGAAAUGCUUGGUGGGCCGCAGAAAUAUUUUUAACGGGCCGCGUGUUGCUCAUCCCUGAGCUAGACGGUCUCCAAUAACUUGCAACAAUAUGGGUAAAAGUUUCUCAGCGACAAAUUAAAAGACAGUUAUAACCAUAUUUCCUAAUGCCAUUUCGCCUAUUUGUCGGUAACCGGUUGGAGCAUUCGUGACAAGUUAUGGUGCCCUUUGGAAAUAAGAAAUAUAGUAUGCAGCUAUGAGGAGAUGGUUCACUGUGUUUACUUCCAACAUCCAGUAUCUAAACUUUGAAGGAACUUCGUCUCUAUCUUCCAAUUUAACGUCGCAUCAAAAAUAUUUAUCAAUAAAGCAAUGGUCUAAAUCUGAUGGUGUAGUUACAUUGGCUAGUGAUAACGGUAAAGGGAUCAUAGAUGUAAAAUACGACAAAGCUGUCGAUCCAGUGCAAUUUACAAUUCUCGGGUUUAAUUAUGAUUUGUUCACUAUUGAUUACAACUGCGAAAAUAUAGAUUCCGAACGCAGAAAAGAAAUAUUAUAUGUCAGAAGCAGGACUAGGGCUUUUUCAAGCGAAAGCGCAGCUGAAGUCGAGAAAAUUCUUGAAGAUAAUGGUCUCGGCGAUAUAGAAAAGACAUACGUUAUACAGGACGCAGGUACUUGCUUAUUUUAAAAUAAAACGGUAAAAUUUGUGAAAUUUUUAUGAAAUG